AUGGAUCACACUGAACAACUUACACAUGAGCACAAAGAACUUUCACAAAAAUUUUUGUUUGCAAGGCUAGAGACAUACAAUUUUUAUAAUAGAGACCCCAGCCCUGUCAUGAAAACUAGAGAUAGGCAUCAACCUUGCAGAGGGGAGAUUAGAAAGGCUCAAGAGUCAAUUUCACAUAUAUAUUAUCCCCCUAAUAAUGCCUAUAGAUUAAUAAAGGGUUAGGAUAGCAAAAUAUCGAGGAUUUCAAAAAAAAUGACAGGUAAUAUAGGUAAAAAAGUAUAUACAUAAUUGUAAGAGUGAAGACUUUAUGAACCCAGCGUUUACACAAAUUAAGCUGUAUAGAGGAUAA